UAUGGAUUCAGUAUCAUUGGUUGUUCAGGUAUGGUGGCAGUUGAAGGUGUAUUUUGUUUCAUAAGAACUGCAUUUAUAGAAGUUUGAGUUGCCCACCUUGUACUUCAAAAGGAUUUAGAUAAUAAGAGCACAAGAUGAUUACCCACUAUACAAUGAAUUUGAUACUGUUAGCCAGAUACUUAUUUUAUAAUAAUUUCAAUGUACAAUAUCCAAACAACACUAGAAAAACAUUUAUUUAUGUUUGGGGUAGUUUGAUUCGGGUUUUCUUUUUAUUUUGCAUAUCGACUUAUGGAAAUCUAUAUAUGUUACUACUUGAUCCAAUGUAUCCUAAAAGUAUAAAUGAUACGGAAACAAUUUUUAUGUUAUGAACAGUUUUUAUGUUGUGUUGAAUGUUCAGUUUUGUAGCUGAUAUUAAAAGCAGUUACCAGGAUCAUAUGAUGGUUGUCCCUUUCUUAGUUUUGAAUUAAAGAAAAUGCCAAACAAACUACGAUGCCCUCUGUUGUAGAAAUUAUUCCAAGCUGUGUAUGAUUUUAGUGGUGAAUGUCUUUGGAGAUGUAAUAAUGAAGGACUAUUUUCUUUUAAAGUUAAAAUGAAUGAAACGUUCUGACUCUUAGCAUGUAACUGCGAUUCAUCCAGUUCAUUGUGUGACAGUGUGACUGGUCAAUGUCAGUGUCCAGAAAAUACUAUUGGAAGACAAUGUGAAUUUUGUACACCCAACCACUGGAACUGGACCAAAUCACUGGGAUGCCAGGUAAGAGUAAUCUUCUGGGGGAAAAAAGUGGGGGGGGGGGAUAGGAGGAAACCAGAUAAUCAUUGUUGUCUACAUAAAAAAAAAGAAAGUUGAAUAAUUUCAAAUGAAAACAUUAAAGGCAUUUUUUAUAAAAGGCUCAGUUAAAUUUGCGAUCUGAAAUUAUGCAACCAGAUAAUCAUUGUUGUCUACAUAAAAAAAAAGUAAGUUGCAUAAUUUCAGAUCGCAAAUUUAACUGAGCCUUUUAUAAAAAAUGCCUUUAAUGUUUUCAUAUUAAAAAUACUAAACACAUAAUUCAUCAAAAGCUGUAUAUAACUUUUAUUAUUUGGGAUGUUUAAAGUGUCAACAAACCAUAACAUUAUACAUGUCUUACUGUUCCAUUAUUUUGAGAUUGUUUGCCAUUUUUCUUUUUAAGGACUGUGGCUGCCACACAUAUGGAUCUGUUACAUUACAAUGCAACUCCACUUCUGGUGUCUGCGGGUGUAAGAUUGGAU